AUGUCAGAAAUAAAUGAUAAGAUGUCUUAUAAGAGACAGCGUGUUUCUAAGGCCUGUGACUCUUGCCGUCGAAAGAAAAUAAAGUGUGGUGGCGCUCCUCCUGUAUGUAGUAACUGUUUGGCUUUUAACUUGAACUGUACCUAUAAUGACACUACCAAAAAAAGGGGUCCACCUAAAGGUUAUAUAGAAGCUAUUGAAUCUCGAUUGUAUAAAAUGGAGUCACUUAUGGGUGAAUUAGUUCAUAGCAACGACCCACGUGCAGAAACGAUCUUGGCAGAAUUGAUGAAGGAUGAUUUGCAUCCACUUCAUAAGGCCAGAAAGGUGAAUUACGCAGCAAGGCGAAAUAGAGCAUCAUCAUUUGAUGAUACAUUAGAAACUAGAUCGAUUGAAUCUUUAACAGAUUCUUCAACUAAUACAAAUGAUAAUGAUGAAACUAAUUUUAUUAAUGAUAUCAUGGGGAUUUUCUGCAUAGAUGACAAAAAUCAAGCUAGUUAUUUCGGAAGGAGUAGCGGCCUUCAUCUUUUAAAAUAUAGUGAUCAAUACAAGUAUGGAUUUCUGUCACUUAAUAACACAGUUUCAUCAAAUCAAAAUUUGGUAUUGCGACCAGAACUUACAGAAAUGCCAUCUCAAGAAUUAUCUAACCAUUUACUAGAACUUUAUUUCAAUCAUGUCCAUCCUUUUUAUCCCAUUAUAUACAAACCACGAUUUUUUAAAUUGUUAAAUGAUCACGAACAUCCACCUUAUCUUUUAUUGAAUUCUAUGUACUCUUUAGCUUCAAAAUUUUCCGAUAGGCUUGAAGUAAGAAAGGAUCAAAAAGACCAGUUAACUGCAGGAGAUUUAUUUUUCAGUCGUGCGAAGGCUUUGCUCGACAAUUGUUAUGAUAAAGCUCACGCAACAACCAUUCAAGCUUUGCUUUUAUUAUCUAUUAGAGAGCAUGGAUCCGGUAAAACUACGAGAGCUUGGAUCUAUACUGGUAUGGCAGCAAAAAUGACACAAUGUUUAGGAAUGCAUCGUAAUGAAAAGUUACGUUCUGUAACACUGUCUCAUGGAGAAAAAGAAGAACAAAAACGUAUCUUUUGGGCUUGUUACGUUCUUGAAAGAAUACCAAGUGUACAUUUUGGACGUCCAUUGGCUAUUAAUGAGAAGGAUAUAGAUGCCGCUUAUCCAUCAGAAGAAGAUGAUGAAUACGAAUCACUUCCAUUUAAAAUGGAACAAGCUUCGUCUCUUUUCUCUAUAAAUAAUAACGCAACGACUCAAACUAACGAGGAAUAUAAAGAGCCUAAGGAAAAUCAGGGACACGUUAUAUCACGAUUUAAUUGCUUGAUUAAGCUUUGCGAAAUAAUUGGUCGUAUUCUUCAAAACGUAUAUACGAUUAAAUGUAAUCAAUCAUCAGUUAACGAUUCAGUAAUUUCGAUCCUUGAAUCUUCGCUUAGGACCUGGUUCUUAACAUUACCACCACAUCUGCAAUAUACUUCAUUAGAUCAACAUUCGGACAAUUUGAAUGUAUCAACUCUCAGCCUUCAUGUGUUAUAUUAUGAGUCAUUAAUGCUUCUUCAUCGUCCAUACGCAAUAGAAAACAAUUCAUCUCAUAAAAUAUGUACAUCAUCAGCAGAAGUCAUUUCCAAUAUUGUUGAUUCGAUGUUUAGACAGAAUAUAUUGAGGAAUACAUUGCCAGUUGUAGUUUACAUAACCUUUAUAACUUCUAUUAUUCAUACUUGCAAUGCUUCUCAAUCUGAUACUACUAUCUCACAACCUGCAAAGACGAGUCUUGCAAAAUGUAUAAGAGCGUUAGAGUCUUUAAACGACAUCUGGAUGACACCAGAAAAAUAUAUCAAUCUGUUAAUAGGAUUGGUAGAAAUAAAAGGUCUUCAAUUAGAUACAAAUUUAGAAUCAUUAAGUGACCGCGCAGAAAGUAGUCGUGAUUUGAAAAAAAGAAAUAAUUUUUCAAACAAUCAAUUAAGCUCGCUUGAUUCCGUUGGUCGGCAGGCACGAUUUCGUGCACAUGUACCACCUUCAGACCCUUUUACUGCAUAUCAACGACCCUCUUCAGUAACGAACCGUAAUAAUCCUGCCAUAGAUUCUUCACCACCAUUUACUUUUAAUCAAGCCCAACCAUCUCGAAAUCUACGUCAUAACUUUCAAGAAUCCGCACAAAUGUAUAACUCGCUUGGAUUCAGGAAUAUGCCAACCACCACUAACAUAAGCAGUUCUGAUCCUUUCGCAGCACAAGGUGUAGUUUCAACAAGCAAUGGAGUUGGAUUUUGGAACAUUCCACAAAGUGCAAAUUUCGAAGACUGGUCUUACGUUCAUACACAACAAGUACAGCAAGGUGUCACAUUACCUUCUCAAACAACACUUUCUCCACCUAUGACAUCACAACCACUAUUAUGGGAAUAA